AUGCCGGUUGGCGGUCAACCGAACACCGGAAGAACACCAGAAGCUGCUUACCCACUUCCAUGUGUCCAGAGAACAGAAGAGCAGGUCGCUGAAGACCAUAAACUUGCUUUGUAUACGCACCACACCUACGAUGAAAUAAACCGAGUUGGAGGUAUAGCUUCCGUGUUGGAUGGCGCGUGUCACCCUGUUGAAGCCGAGAAGGCCACCGGAGCAUCCUGCAUGCGGUACACGUCGCACAGGCAGGGCCCACUACGCAGCAGCUGGACCCCACAUCACAGCUACAGGGACCCAAUGCGAACCACACAAGCACCGACGAAAGAGACGGCGGCUACAGCUGCGAUGGUCGCCGUCGUAGAUGCCGACGUCGCCGAGGAGCCGCUUGUUGGAGUUGAGCCCGAUGGAGCCGUAGAGAUGCUGCUCUGCAGGAUUGAGCCGCCCGGCCGCUGCAUGACUUUGGCUGAGCCAACACACAGCGGAUCUAGAUCCGCUCCGUCGACCGCUGCCUCUGUCCACUUCGAGCGCGAGCGCCGGCAGACAGGCCCAGGAGGCCGCUGCCACCGCAAGCGACCCGGCCACACGGCUCACGCACAGGGGCGCGGGCACGGCAGCCGACACAAAGCUCAAAGAAGAGAGCUAGUACAGCAGCUUCCAUGGCAAGAGGAUAGCCGCGAUUACAGUAGUAUCUACUAUGUACACAGGGAACCAGGGCCGGCCCACCUCCCUCUGCCUGCCGGCGAGACGCCGGCGGCGAAGAGGCAAAUUCUAAGAGACCUGGUCUUUUCCCUAUCUAAAAGACCUUCGUUCGUUCUUCACACGUGUCCCGCACAACAAUCUCAACGCAACCUUGAACCGCAUACUCUCGUCACCGUUAACAACGCCGUCACCUAUAAUCCCUCUGUUCAGAUCGUGCAGCAGCAGGAGCCGCACGAGUCAAAGGUGUCCGCCACUGACACCAAUGCCUCGAUCCGCAUCUGGAUAGGGGAAAGGAGAGAGGAAAAAGUGGUCUCACCAUCACUGCCCACUCGCCGGAGCACGCACGCGGCCGAGGCUGCACCUGGCUCCGUCGAGCGGUUCCCCAUCGGCCCUAAGGAAGACCACGCAAGUGGAGUCUCUUCACAGCGACGGCGGGGCGGUCUGAUGCGUGACAGCGAUGACAACUCGCCCUGA